AUGGGAUGCCCCCCGCCUGCUGCCGUCUGGAUCUGGACGUUCCUGCUCUUGCUAUUGGAAGCCUCAGCAGGACAUUUGAGGGCACAGGAGCCCAAGGUGCUGGAGGGGCAGGAGUGCCAGGCCCAUUCGCAGCCUUGGCAGACGGCCUUGUUCCAGGGCGUCCGGCUGCUCUGCGGGGGUGUUCUCAUAGAUGACCACUGGGUCCUCACAGCGGCCCACUGUAAAAAAGAGAAAUACACUGUACACCUGGGAGAGCACAGCCUGCAGAAUAAGGAUGGGCCAGAACAAAAAAUGUCUGUAGCGCAGUCCAUCCCACACCCCUGCUACAACAGCAGCAGUGAAGACCGCAGCCAUGACCUGAUGCUCGUUCGACUACGUGGCCGGGCCUCCCUGGGGCCCAAAGUGAAGCCCAUCAAACUGGCGGAUCACUGCCCUCAAGCUGGCCAGAAGUGCACCAUCUCAGGCUGGGGCACUAUCACCAGCCCCCAAGAGAAUUUUCCGGACGCCCUCAACUGCGCCCAAGUAAAAAUCGUUUCUCAGAAGCUGUGUGAGGAUGCCUACCCUGGGCGAGUCACAGAUAGCAUGGUCUGUGCAGGCGACAUUAGUGGGGCUGACACGUGCCAGGGAGAUUCUGGGGGCCCGCUGGUAUGUGAUGGUGUUCUCCAGGGCAUCACAUCCUGGGGAUCAGACCCCUGCGGACGGCCUGAGAAACCUGGUGUCUACACCAAAAUCUGCCGCUACCUAGACUGGAUUAAGAAGACCAUGAGCAGAAGAGCCUGAUCCAAAGAUGAGCUCUGGAUCCUCCUCAAUAAACUUGCA